GCUUCAAAAGAUGAUAACCUUAUUCCAUCCGUUCCUUAAAUGGCUAGUCCUUAGCUUAGUAGCUAUAACUGUUCUCCUCAGUCUUUCAGGGCGAAAUGCUAAUAUUAAGUAUCGGAAAAUUACCGAGGAGUCUAGAGCUUUUGAUCUCGAAGAGGAUGGCUCAGGAAGCUCUCUACCUGAUGGCUCUGCAGUGGAUGUUAGUCCUGAAGUGGAGGAGCCAGUAAAGCCACUUUUCUUUGUGGAUACCCCCAAGUGCAAGAUUCCGUAUGUGGAUCCCUUUGAGCCGGAUGCCAUGGCUAUAUUCCAUCCAGAGCAUUUUGAGACCUGCUCAAACGAAACCGCCCUGGUGACCCCGAUCUAUGACAUCAGUCGGCAGAGAUAUAUGUUGUUUAUCAAUGAGACCCUAGCCUCUAUCCAUUUAAACUCUACCGAGGGGGAGUACAACUGCUAUUAUCAGGAGAUAACACGCAAAAGAGAGCAUGACAGCUAUGACAAGUUGGAGCGGAAAUACUUCACGCAGAACUACGAGGUGCCCUUGCAUGUUCAGGGCCUGAUCUUGGCCUGCCAUCGCCUUGGCAACGAGUCGGAUAUUCUGCAGAGCGAUGCCUAUAGCCUCAUUCAAUAUAGGCCACCUCCCAAAGGACUCUCCAUGGAACCGUCUAAACGAAAGCCAAGUGUCUUAAUGUUCGGAAUAGACUCUUUGUCGCGAAUUAAUUUACGUCGAACCAUGCCCAAGGUAUACAGGUUUUUAACGAAAGCCGGUUGGUUCGAGCUGCAGGGAUACAAUAAGAUAGGUGACAAUACUUUUCCGAACCUGCUAGCCCUUUUGACGGGAUACAAUCCAGAAUCGGCCUUGAAAAAGGUCUGCGACUGGCACGAGAAGGGAUGCCUGGACAGAACCCCCUUCAUUUGGAAGUACCUUCACAAUGCCAGCUAUCUCACCGCCUAUGCUGAGGAUGAAAGUGGCAUAGAAACAUUCAAUUACUGCAAGCCCGGCUUUUUGGAACAACCCACCGACUAUUACCUCAGGCCCUCUCAAAAGGCUUUCGAGUCCGGCAUGAACGUCUGGAAAUGCAAUGACUGCUCGAUGAGGUACUGCAUCGGUCGACGGAUUGCUAGCAGCUACGCCUACGAUAUGGCUAAAAAUCUUGCGAAGCGUUACGUGGACAAGCGUCCCGUAUGGGGUCUCUUCUGGUCAAAUAGCUUCAGUCACGAUAGCUUUCAGAUGCCCUCAAAAAUGGAGGACUAUGUGUUGCAGUACUUGCUGGACUUUGAGGAAGAUGGUGUGCUCGAACAGAGUAUUAUGAUAUUCCUCUCGGAUCAUGGAUCUCGUUAUGGAAGGAUAAUGUCCCUGCCCAGUGGGUUCUUGGAUGAACGCCUACCAUCGAUGUUUAUUUACUUGCCGCCCUGGUUUCGGGCUCAGUACCCGGAAUAUGUGAGGGCCCUGCAGUUAAAUAAAAACCGCCUGUCCUCCACCUACGAUUUGCACAAUACCCUGAAGCACAUCAUCGAACUGGGCGGAUCUCCAGAUGGUCCGGAGCUUCCCAAAGCUGCCGACUGCCCCAAGUGCCAGUCCGUUUUCCUUCCCAUCGAUGAUUCGAGGACGUGUGAGGAUGCUGGAAUACCAGAGCACUACUGCACCUGCGUGCCAUAUAAAAGACUAAAGAUGGAUUGGGCAAAGCGUAUUGCCCCCCUUGUAAUCGGUCGAAUAAACGAGUAUUUGGCCAGCAGGAACCUCAGUGGCAUUUGUUCGGAGCUGACUUUGAGCUACAUACACGAGACAGAGAUGAAAAUCGAUCUGGAUCAGAAUUUCCAUGACGAGAUGCCCUUUAUAGAGAUCGCUACCUAUCGCACAAUGUUCAAGGUGGAGCAGAACUCCGCUGACUUCCGUGCCACCGUUCUCUUCAACAAUGUUACGGGGUCCGUGGAAGUCGAAGUGCCCACCAUAAGCCGACUUGACAGUUAUGAAGAUGAUUCAUCAUGUGUAGUCGACAAAACCGAUAAGAUGUAUUGCAUUUGCAAGUGCGAUAUCAUAGAAUAGAAUAUACAGGACCUUAGUCACAAUUUACAAUGUAGAUUUCUCACAAACUUUUGUCCCAGUUUGCUAAAUACGUAUCAUUUAAGAUUAAGAGAAAAUUUCCUGGAGGAACCUUAGUUAUAACACUGCACCAAUACAAUUCGUUUACCUAUCAUCAUUUUCAAUGUUUCGUUAAUGUUCUUCUGAACAAGCUGACUAAUCAAUGGUGCAAUUGCAAGAGAGUACUCCUUAUCUUUUUUGUUAAAAAAAAAUCUGUACAUUCGUCAAGGCGCUACACAGGUCAUCAGUGAUAAGCAGCUGGUUCCCCCACUCAGGUCUUUUCAGGGUGGUCCGAUGGGUGGUGCCUGUGCCUUUCAGUCGGCCUUAUCUGCGCAUAUCAUCGGGUGGUUUGUUUACCUUGCCAGCGCACGUUUAAUAACAAAGAAGUUGCCCUUCCGUUCCUUUCAAGCUGCAUCCAAUGAACUUUAUGUGGCUUGCAUUUUGUCAGCAGCACUCAUAAAAACCUAUCUAAAAUUGAAUCUAAGGUGCAGCAGAGGGAAAUAAAAUAAGAUUCCGCACUUGAAACCGUUCGUUGCGGGCCAUCAUUAAGUAGGAGCUUCUCGGAUUCCAUCAUCAGAUGGGGCUUUGAGUUUACGUGACUCAGUCGAGGGGUAGGUGGUGUUGAUAGAAAUUAUGGAUUUUUCAGUUGUAGUAUUUAGAAUAAGAGCAAGCUACUGAAAUAUUUC